UGUUGUUCCCCAAAUAAAAUAUUUAUAGUUUCGAUUGUAAAUUGAGUUGUCAGCCUAGGCAAGCAUAUCGGACAUCCGUCGGAGGGAGUUUUCGACGUAGCAAAUGUGAACGCAAAGUGGUGGGCAGACAACAACAAAACGCACAAAUCAAGGAGCAGGCUUUGCCAUACUGUGAGUCCAGCGGAAGCCAGCCGACGCCAUGAAUGCUCUGCGGCAAUUCUAUCUGGAGAUCCCGGUCGUCACCAGGGCCUACACAACGGUCUGCGUGCUCACAACGCUGGCGGUGCACCUGGACCUGGUGUCGCCGCUACAGCUGUACUUUAAUCCCACGCUGAUUGUGCGCAAAUUCCAAAUCUGGCGACUGGCCACCACAUUCCUGUACUUUGGAACCAUCGGCAUUACCUUCUUUUUUAAUAUGGUCUUCACAUAUCGCUACUGUCGCAUGCUGGAGGACGGCUCCUUUCGCGGGCGUAGCUCGGACUUUGUCAUGAUGUUCAUCUUUGGCGGCGUGCUGAUGACAUUCUUUGGAAUAUUUGUUAACCUGUUGUUCCUGGGCCAGGCCUUCACUCUGAUGCUGGUCUAUGUGUGGUCGCGACGAAAUCCUUCGGUGCCCAUGAACUUUUUCGGCGUGCUCAACUUUCAGGCUCCCUAUCUUCCCUGGGUGCUGCUCUGCUGCUCCAUGAUUCUGGGCAACACGGUUUGGGUGGACAUUAUUGGCAUGGGCGUGGGCCACAUCUACUAUGUGCUGGAGGACGUAUAUCCAACACUCUCCAAUGGUUACAGACUGAUUAAGACUCCAUAUUUUCUAAAACGGCUUUUCAAUGAGCACAUUGAGCGCAACUACCAGGCGGCCGCCGAGGAUCGUCCCGGCGGAUUUCCAUGGGGCGGCGAGGGGGGAGAACCACUGCUAGGCCAAAACGGAGGGCAGCCUGAACCGGCGAAUCAAGAGCCACCGGCUGCAGUGGCGCCGCAAUAACAAAACUGAAUUGUUAAAAAAUUGUUUUCUAUUCUGACGACGACAAUGUUGUGUACCCCUCCGCCACCUCCCAUUUGGUGCUUGGUAUCAUUAGGCGUAUAGUAUUGAGAGAGGUGUGCAAUAGUUAGCCAAAGUUAAUUCAAGGUGUGAGCGUGUAUAUAAUUUAUUGGGUUAUUUUCUGAUGCAGAUGCAGUCCAAUACACACAAUACACAUGCCACUAAAUGUACUUUAAAUUUGACCCUAAGAGAUGCAUUCAUGAUAGAUUGAACGUUACACUGCACAUGUGAUUAUAUAUAUACAGACAUGCUACAAAUAAACGAAAUUGAAAAUGGA